AAGGGGAAGGGGAAGAUUUCAUUGCGUCAGGAGCUCAAAUGAAAUUUCAAGAAUUUCUGAGAUUAAUUUUGACAUUACUUUCGAUUGUUGUUGUUGAGACUAACCCAAAGUAUCCUAAGGUAUCAUGAAGGAUAUUGAGUUAUCAUAAACUGAAGGGGAAGGCUUUAUUUUCGAGGAAGAAGAAUAUUUAGUUUGAACGUUUUAUUUUGGAUUUAGACAGAACAUAUGACGAUUAUAGGUUAUAUUUACGAACGUGAAAGGUACGGUACGGAAAGUUGAUGGGACUUUAGGGCAUUGAGAGUCAAUUUCAAGGGCUUAGGGUGAUAAUCAGGGGAUAAAGAUGAAGUGUAAUGACAGAGAAUUGGUGGAUAUAAGUCGAGGACUGCCGCAGAUGGAGGGCAGGUUGCAGCACAAAAGGGCCCAUAAAUCUGUCUUCAAAGAACGCUGGUUCAAACUUCGUAGCAAUCUCCUCUUCUACUUCAACAUCACCGAGCUCGGUCAGCUUGAUGACAGACAGCCAGCAGGAAUAAUAAUUCUCGAGAACUGCAAGAUAAACGCAGACGUCAUAUCCGAGGGUGCCUUUGCCUUCAGUAUAGUAUUUCGUGAUGAGCACGAGAAGAGACACAUCCUCACAGCGAGAACAGAGGGCCAAGUGAACCAGUGGGUGACAGCUCUGCGCCAGGCCAGCUACGAGUACUGGAGAUCGCGGUUAAUAACCCUUCAGGAGAGAUUGUUCGUCAGAACUGGAACUGAUCCUCUCCUCAUAUAUCCUAGGAAUCAUGGAAUCGUGAGGGACGAGGCCUGGGGUCACACAUCGAAUUUUCGAUCUCACAUUCGUGCAUUCACCAGCACAGCCCCCACCAUCCCCAGCAUUGUAACAAAGGAAACUAAGAACCUCAUAGAAUUAUUGUAGUAAUCAUGAAGUAUUUUGAUGUUUAAUAUAUUUUUCAUUGAAAAUCCUGUAUCAUUAGAGCUUCAAAACCUUUUGAACUUCGAUUACAAACUACGUAAGCAUUCAGCCUUGAAAAUGUUGAGUUGUAAUCGUGUGAGGUCAGUAUCACAUAACCUUUAAAUUCAGAAUUGUUAAAGCUGUUUUGACGUUAAAGGCCCUGUCAUCUUUAUUUCCGCAUAAUUCUAAGGGUGGUUUGGCCCUCAGGGUCAUUUGGUACUGAGAUCCAAAUGUUCUGAUCCUCAACAUGACGAGAACCUCAACUUAAACGUCAUCGAUAAAAAUAAGUUAUAACAAAUUAUUUUUCAACCCAAAUAUAUUUAUUUUUGUCGGCAAUGCUGCAUCAUGUUUUCUACUGUGAAUUCAUUCCUCCUCGAGAAUUGUGCGGAUUUACAUGAUCCAUAACUAAUUUACAUAUAUUUCACAACUUUUUCGUUUAUUUUUGAAAUUUUUUUUCAGCUCAUAGGGAAAUGGUAAAGGGGAAAAGGCUGAGGAAUACUUUUGUAGGAAACUAAAUGCCGGCAAAAAUGUAAAUAAAAAUGUAAAUAUAAAAGGGGAACAUUUUUUAAUCCUCAAGUUUAAUGUUUCA